GGCAGUGUAUGCUUACCUCAUAUGCUGUACCUCUGUCAUACAUGUUUGUUAUGUUAAGUGUUUAAUACGGAUCAUCUCAGCCACAGAAAAGGACUGCAGAAUAGAGAUCAGACAGAACAAAUGGGUGAUAGAAUGCAAAACAUGAUGGCAGCAUCAGGUACAGAGAAACUCCUGAAUGUGAAUCCAAACAUUUCCUGUUUAGUGAUCUCCAAAUUACUUAUGGCGGGUUUCUCCAUUGCUCAGAUCUUCAUCAGUGCAAAGUAUCUAAUGGAGUGUACCCAGCAGAACUACAUCCCUGUGUAUUUGCUGGUGUCUGGAGUGCUUAACAUGGCCAUAUUACUGCUUGCCUGCCUGCCCUGUGGUCAGAAUGAUCGAGUACUGAAGUAUCUCUCUGGUAUAUGGACCAGCCUUGCGUCUGUAUUCACAUUCUGUUGGGUGAUUGCUGGCAGUGUGUGGAUCUACUCUAUCUACCCCCCUAACUACAACUCAACUGUGGUGGGUAAGCCCUACUGCAACAAGACGCUCUACCUGUUUGCCUUUUGGACCACCACUGUGGGUUACAUUUUCUUAGGAAUAUUGUUGGUGGGCUUUUGUUGCUUUCUCGUAUGUGUUUGUGUACAAAAUUCAAAAAGCCAUUCUGAACCAGAACCCCAAGCCUGACUACAAUGUUACAGAGAAAACACAAUGAAUAUCCAUAAAUGAUAACAGUCAUCCUGAUUACAUACUAAUGUAGUAUUUAAAAGUUUUAAAAUGUGAAAAUAUGCUUUGGAGAUCAGCAAGCUAUAUGUCUAAUGUUUGUUUGGGAAACUGUCAAAGAGUGUGAUAAUCAUAAGUGUAAACAUUACUGUUAAUUUAUGUUUUUCUCUAUGCAACUCAGUACAAGGAUAUGAAUAACAACAUUGCAUGUAAUGUUAUAUGCACUAUGCUGUCAGGUGCAGACUUUACAAAGCUCUAAAACAUCAGUUUUGAUUUCAUGGGGAAUUCAUGAAAUUCAUGAUUUCAGUCACUUAAAAGAGAGACCAUUGCUUCUCAGCUUGCUGACUAUACAGGACUUUUCCAGAGAUUGUUCAAAUACUAUAUUAAGUAAAUACAUUUAAAGUA